AUGGGGCUCGCCUUUGAGAAGUUCAGCAGCAUGGCGUGGGGAAUCAUGCUUAUUCCAGAAACCCAUCAGGGCCCUGAGAUCACCAGCAAGAUGCUGGUCAAGCUAUUGGCCCAGCUGAAAGAACUGAAGAACAACAUUCAAGCUUCUAGUUAUGAUACUGUCUGGGGCUGUCCGAGCCGCCUGACCCUCCUCGGAGCUGCCCAUACCCUCCUUUCAGUCCCUGGCCCAGUAGAGAAUAUAAAUCAGGCAGAUAAAAACCAACAAGAAAUCCCAUCAUACCUUAGUGAUGAACCACCAAAAGGUUCAAUGAAAGACCAUCCACAGCAACAACCAGGCAUGUUGUCCUGUGUGACUGGGGGUGUCUUCAGUGUUACAAAGGGAGCCGUUGGAGCCACCAUUGGUGGUGUGGCUUGGAUUGGUGGAAAGAGUCUGGAGGUGACCAAAACUACAGUCACAACUGUACCGUCCAUGGGAAUAGGGCUGGUGAAAGGGGAUGUGUCUGCUGUGGCUGGAGGUGUUUCAGCUGUUGGGUGGGCUGUGGUCAACAAAGUACCCUUAAUAGGAAAGAAGAAAGACAAAUUGCACUAA